UAAAAUAUUCAGUCUCUCUUUGUUAUGUCCGAAGGUAUUUUCUCACUUUUUUAAUGACACAGAUGAACGAUGGAAUGAUGUAUCCUUCGUUUAUUUAAAGUCUCCCUCUUCCAACAAACAAACUAAAUUCCUCUCUCUCUCUCUCUCUCUCUCUCUCUCUCUCAAUGCACGGUUUGAAGAACAUGAAGCAACACCCAAGUAGUAAUUAUGUGUCAACAGAGUCUAAACGGGGCAUGAACAGAGAUUCACAAGUAAUAUCAAAGGUCAAGCCAAAGCCGCGCAUGCCGCGCAUAACCCACAUAUUUGCACCAGAAGUCAUAAAGACAGAUGAAGCCAGCUUCAGAGAUUUAGUCCAGAAACUCACUGGGAAACCUUCCGGCAGCGAAACCCGCCACGAGAAUACUAAUAGCCCUCCGACUAUUGAACAAAGGAGCAAAUAUAUUCGGACAGAAAACGACGUCCACAUUCGUUAUGGAGAGAGAAUCAAGGAGGAAAGUGAAGAAAUUUUUGGAGGUGAGGAUUCAAAUAGUUUCGUAGACCUGAUUGAACUUCCUUUGCUUCCUCUGAAGUCUUCUCACUUCAGCAGGUAUAAUGGGAUGCCACUUUUCAAGUGAAGACCGCCUCUUCGUCUUUUUUUUCUCUUUGUUUCAUGGACACGAAUUGGAUUUUCUAUGUGGAAUUGGUUUUCAGGAAAUCGGGUCGUAGGCUUCUUCUUUUUCCCUGCUGUUUUUUGUCGUAUAUAUUUGUUUCUCCCAAGCAAAAAGUAAUUGGAGGAAUAUACAGUCAUAUUUUAAGACCUCAAUCGAACAAAACGGACGUCAAUAUUCUUAUUUUAAGGUUUAUGAUGUAAAAUUAGCUUGGUAAUGUAAAGCUCCCGGAUGUUAUGUAC